GUAUUGAAGAAGACUUGAACAUUUGUGUUGUUUAACUGACUGUAAAGUUAUCAUUAGUUAAAAGUCUCUUCAAAGUGUUUUGACACCUGACUGUUGGUCAAAUGAGUAAUACAUCUACUGCAUGUAGAAAUGAUUCUGCAAACAAAGGCUAACAGACUAUUUAUUACUUGAUGACUGAUGCUACAAAAUGUAAUAUGAAUUUUCUAAAAGGGUGCUCAUGAGAGUAAAAAGAAUGGUCUUCAUAAUCACUAUAACAUGUUUAUGCACACAGCACCCAGCACCCAGCACCUGGUUUUAUAAUUAUUGGUAGAUUUCAUAAAGGCACCUGUGCAGUUUAAGUGGGUGAAAUUGCCUCUUUAGUCAUAAAAACGUUUGGGUUCAAGUUGAUCUAAUCCAUCAAAGCAAUCAAUUGAAAUUCAUGAAUUUCCCAUUUUCCCAUUACUUCCAGUAAGGACCAUUCACCAUGAGCUCAUUCAGUCGAGCGUUUAGCAAUUUGAACGGUUGAAAUGUACAGUAAUUGACUUUUUUCCUCCUCCUCAGAUCUGCAGCUGAGGCAUUAUUGUUUUCCAGCACUCGGGAAUUCUCUCAGCGCAGCGGGAACGGCAGAUGUGCUGCACAAACCCGCUGUGGCCCCGAGUGUUUGAUUAGCUGUAUAUCACAGGAACUCAUGAAUUGUUCACAGUCAGAGAGGGAUCGGGUGGACGAUGAACAUGUCUGGCGGCCCCCCAGGGGAGGAGCUCACGGAUGAGGAGAAGGAGAUCAUCAACAGUGUACUGGCUCGUGCGGCCAUGAUGGAGGCCACGGAGCACGAGAGGAUUGAGCGUCUCUCCAGUCGCCUGCAUAAGAUCAAGAAGACGGCGUGUGGUGACGGGCAGUCCCACUGUCUGCUGUGUGGGGCGUCAUUUGGACCACAGGGGGUCACAGCUGUCCUCUGUGUGCAGUGCAAUAAACACAUGUGCAGCAAAUGUGGGAUUUAUAGCAACAGCAGGACGAGUCCUAUGUGGCUGUGCAGAAUCUGCAAUGAGCAGCAAGAGGUACAGAAGCGUUCAGGAGCUUGGUUCUUCAAGGGAAGAGUCCAGCAGAGUCUGCCUGCCCCCCUCCAUCUGUCCGGAUCUCGACAGUCCAGCAUCGAGAACAGUUCUGGUCCGGGAGGCCACGAUGGACCACAGGAACCCCCAACACAUCAUCAGGGAUACGAGACGCAGCAGCAGCCGUCCUGUGGAUCAGAACAAUGGGAGCAGACAGCGAGAGCAACAGCUGACAGCCAUAAUGAGAGUGCGUCCUGUCCAGCGGUGGUAAUGAAGACCGAGAGACACAUGUCAGCCUCCAAACCACCUCGAGCAAACGCACAGCAGGUCGUCCCCGCCUCAGUUGUGGAAAACAAAUGCCCGGAGAGGGAAGAGACAGUGUCCCCUCCAGCUGUGGAGGCAAAAAGACAACCUGUUGUCUCCAGCUCCAUUUCAUCACAUGUUCCUGCAACCAGAAUGAAUCCACCGGUCAACAACACCGCCCCCCAAAGACCCCCACCGGAUCGAACAGAGGAGGAGGACGACGACUACGACUCAGAUGACGCCACCACUCUGGGAUCUCUGGAGUUCAGUCUCCUGUACGACCAGGAGACCCACGCUCUGCACUGCUGUGUCGUUAAAGCUAAGGGGUUAAAGCCGAUGGACUCAAACGGACUUGCUGACCCGUAUGUGAAGCUGCACCUCUUACCGGGAGCCAGUAAGUCCAACAAGCUUCGCACCAAGACUCUUAAAACCACUCUGAACCCUGUGUGGAACGAGACUCUGGUCUACCACGGCAUCACUGAUGAUGAAAUGUCACGCAAAACUCUCCGGCUCUCAGUGAGUGACGAGGACAAGUUUGGACACAAUGAAUUCAUCGGAGAGACGCGAGUCGCUCUGAAGAAACUGAAGUUUAACCAGAAGAAGAACUUCAGUGUUUGUUUAGAGCGAGUGAUCCCGGUGAAGAAGGCUGUUGGGGGGUCGGCCCGUGGCAUGGCUCUCUAUGAGGAAGACCUGAAGGAGGGUGAGGAUUCAGAGGAGAGGGGUCGCAUCCUGGUGUCGCUGACGUACAGCAGCCAGCAGGGUCGUCUGAUCGUGGGCGUCGUCCGCUGCGCUCACCUGGCCGCCAUGGACUCCAACGGAUACUCCGACCCGUUUGUCAAAAUAUGUCUGAAACCAGAUAUGGGGAAGAAAGCUAAAAACAAGACACAGAUAAAAAAGAAGACCCUCAAUCCGGAGUUUAACGAGGAGUUUGGUUAUGAAAUAAAGCACGGCGAGUUAGCCAAGAAAACCCUUGACAUCUCAGUCUGGGACUACGACAUGGGGAAAUCCAAUGAUUUCAUUGGAGGAUGUCAGCUGGGCAUCCAGGCUAAAGGAGAGUGUUUGAAGCACUGGUACGAAUGCCUCAAGAACAAAGACAAGAAGAUAGAGCGCUGGCAUGUCCUGCUAAACGACAACACCGUCCAGUUUGAGGAUUAAAGCGUCUCCCCUCCUCUCUUCUGUGUAUUUUGUUUCUCUGUCAUUCCCCCUUGUAGAAUAUUGUCUUCCCGUGACGGUAGACGGAUAUCAUCCUCCUGCUUUUAUGUAGUUUGUCCCCAAAUUGCAAUGUGCAGGCUUCAUUUCCAACAGUUUUCAGGUGACCAACAUGGAUGUUGACCUCGGGGCUCAUUUUAAAUAAGCAGCGACUACUAAACUUAAUCCAUUUUUAAUGUUAUCAUAUCAUAAACUGUAUCAUAUAAUAAGUUAACCGUACCUGACGUGCGGUAAUGAUUGAACAGAGUGGUUAUGGAGACGAUAGAAACCCUCGUUAUCAUCGUCAUUAACACAGUAUGUUGUAAUGAGUUGUGCGUCCGCGCUCAGACCCAACACAGGGAAUUCCCACUUUGUUUCUGUCCUCAUGUCGAUCUGUGUUCAUGUGGGAUCAUGUCAUGUGUCGUCAGCUGAUCUUUGUGACCACCUUGUUCGACUGCUUGCAUCGCCGAAACAUACAUUUAACUUGUGUUACUGUGCAUCACACAUUUGUUAAAUAUUAAGUGGGACAUUUGCAGAUGUUUGAUGUGAACAAACUCACUUUUUUUUUUGUUGUUGAUGUGAAAUGCAUUUAUUUAUUUAUUUUGACAGAUAACAGUUUGGUCUCAUCAUCACUGCAUCACCUUCACCUGUGCAUGUGUGAGCUCUCUUCUGAAGAAAUGCUUCUGCAUGACGUUUUAUUAUGAAGAACAAAUUGGAUUAAGUAACGUCAGUUCACUUCCAAAACAAUCCAUGAAAUAUUAUGGUUGAUUGGCGAAUUUAAAUGAGAUCUGCACAAGUGUUUUCAGCUAAAUAAUCAACAUUUAGCUCUCUGU